AUGAUUGAAACGGUGCUUUGUUACAAAAACAAAUUUAACGAUUUAUUAGGUACGCGAUCUAAACAAAAAAACGAUUGUUGUAAGCGUCGAGGAAUAAGACGAUAUUUUUUUUCGUUUUUUGUUCAAUUUUAUCACCAAAUUGACUGUAUUUAUUCACUUUUAAAUGUUGAAAAUGAUUGGUCAAAUUGUCUAAAUUUUAUUUAUGUUAUUGUUUGUGUUAUUGACAAAUCGUGUAACAACAUAGUAAACAAAGCUGCUGUAACAAACAAUGGUUGUAUCUCACAAAUAUCAAAAUGCAAAGAAAUCAACAAUUCAAAGUGUUCAAAGUGUUCAUUCUGGUACUCUCCAAUCAAAUAUGGCACGUUGUGUGAGUCACGUGCUGUUUGGUCGGUCAUAAUUGUUGCAUUUUUUGUUUGUUCUUAUUGUUUUGAUAGUAUUAUUGUAUCACUUGUCGUUGUAACCAAAAACAUUUUCAACAAACUCCACACACACAAAAUUGUAAAGACAACAACACUCUUUGCAAUGAAUAUAUCCAACAUUAACUUUGUUUCUUUCCAAAGCGGUGUUUGUGUUUCUUCAACUGUGAUAGACUUGAAUUCAGACACUGAGCAGAUUGAAGUCAACAAAGAGACUAGUCAAGUGUUGUGUGUAGGUAACACAAACAAAAACUCCACUAAAAAACAGUUUACAAUUUCAUCAAACAUCACAAAGUUUACAAUUCGUGUUGAUCCAGAAGUUGUCACACUCAAAUAUGACUUUGCAUGUGAGUUCUCUGUUUUUGUCACGCCGUUGUGUUCUUGCAACAUCGACAACAAUAUCCAACUUAUUUCUAAAAACCUAAAAUAA